AUGGCAGAGUUACAAGGUCGCAAGGUGUUCAAGGUGUUCAACCAGGACUUUAUCGUCGAUGAGCGCUACACCGUCACCAAAGAGUUGGGCCAGGGAGCCUAUGGUAUUGUCUGCGCUGCCACGAACAAUCAGACCAACGAAGGUGUCGCUAUCAAGAAGGUCACCAAUGUCUUCAGCAAGAAGAUCCUGGCCAAACGAGCUUUGCGCGAGAUCAAGCUCCUUCAGCACUUCCGAGGACACCGCAACAUCACCUGUCUGUAUGAUAUGGACAUCCCCCGACCUGACAACUUCAAUGAGACUUAUCUGUACGAAGAGCUGAUGGAAUGCGAUCUCGCCGCCAUCAUCCGGUCUGGCCAGCCCCUGACCGACGCACACUUCCAGUCCUUCAUCUACCAAAUCCUCUGCGGUCUAAAGUACAUCCACUCGGCGAAUGUGCUGCACCGUGACCUAAAGCCCGGAAAUCUUCUGGUCAAUGCGGACUGCGAGCUCAAGAUUUGCGAUUUCGGCCUGGCCCGUGGGUUCUCGGUUGACCCCGAAGAAAAUGCCGGUUAUAUGACGGAAUACGUGGCCACGCGGUGGUACCGUGCCCCCGAGAUCAUGUUGAGCUUCCAGAGCUACACCAAAGCCAUCGAUGUGUGGUCUGUUGGCUGUAUUCUUGCCGAGCUUCUGGGCGGUAGACCUUUUUUCAAGGGCCGGGACUACGUGGACCAGCUCAACCAGAUCCUCCACAUCCUCGGCACGCCCAACGAGGAGACGCUCUCCCGCAUAGGGUCUCCACGCGCCCAGGAGUACGUGCGAAACCUCCCCUUCAUGCCCAAGAAGUCGUUCCAGUCGUUGUUCCCCAACGCCAACCCGGACGCCCUGGACCUGUUGGACCGCAUGCUCGCCUUCGACCCGACCUCGCGCAUCAGUGUCGAGCAGGCUCUGGAGCACCCUUACCUGCAGAUCUGGCACGAUGCCUCUGACGAGCCCGACUGCCCAACCCACUUCAACUUCGACUUUGAGGUCGUCGAGGACGUAGGCGAGAUGCGCAAGAUGAUCCUGGAGGAGGUGUUCCGGUUCCGACAGACGGUGCGGACCGUGCCCGGCGGGGCUGGGAACCAACAUGGGGCGCAGGCCGCAGCAGGCCAGGUGCCUAUGCCCAGCGGCGGCCAGCAGCAGUGGAGGACAGAAGACCCGCGGCCGGAGGAGUACCUGGGCCACAGCCAGGGCGGUCUGGAGGCAGACCUAGCGAUGGGUGCCGACGGGAGGAGAUAGAGUCUCACUUCCUCGGCCGCAGACGACCUACUCUCCCCGGGGGAAGCAGACCUGUGGAGCCGGACCUGCCAGUGGCUAUUUGAUGAGGAUCUCGAGAACGGCAUCCUCACAACCGGCAGCAGCAGCCUGGACAUAGACCGUCAUCUUGGUGAGGAGGACGAAGACGACACCGCCGAGAACCAGAAGAAGAGGAACUGCGGGGAACUGACAGGUCGCAGUCCUGUGGUAGAGGACCUCAGCCCGGACGGGCAGAGACAUUAUUGGGCGCGGGAGCAGAUGUGGCUUCGCGAAGCCGUGCGGAGGUUGGACAUGGACGGGCAAUGACGACAACGGGGUUGUUGCAGCCUCCCGACUCCGGGGUUUCGGUCACGUUUGAUAGGGUUGCGUGUGGCGUCAGGCAAGAAGGCCUGCGUGGGGAGAAUGGCAAGUAAGAGGACGAAGUCAUCAUCAUCUGGAUGAGGGACAGAAAGAGGUUGAGGUGUGUGAUGGACAUUCGAUUUCACGAAGCAGAAACAGCAGCGGGCGUGCGCGUGAUGUCUUUUUUCCUUGUCUUUGUUUCUUCUUCUUUCCGAAUAGCUUUUCUCGUUUCCUCUCCUCUUCUCUCUCUCUGUCUCUCUCUCUUACACAGCACAUUAUCAUCUAUCCAUCUGUUGGACGACUUGU